AAGUAGGCCGGUUUCUUCAGUGUGUCGUGUCGCAUCCGCGCGUGCAAGAAGUCAAACAAAAUAACGUUUCGCUCUUUGGUCGAGUCGAGUGGACGUGUGAAAUUGUAAAAAGUUUUCGGUAGUAGUAGUAGUAAACUAUCGACGCCGGGGGUGCAGGCGUCGCGUGCGAAACGCGUCGGAAAGUUGCGAAGAAAGCCGAAAUGACAGGUGGUUUCGGGCUUAACUACCUUCAAAGAGCUGCAAGUGAAACAUUCAGUUCUAGAAUUCACCUGGUACAGAGCGUUUCAUCCCCCUUCAGCAAUCGAUAAACCAAGCGCUACGCCGCCUGCAUUCGAUUAACCAGAGUUUCAGCGACACAAAAAAAUAUAUUACAAUAAUAACAAAAAAAACUUGAUUAAAGUACGAAUAAAGUGAAUCCUCUUCAUUGGAAGACGUUUCUUGAUACUUCUCGCAAACUGCGGCAAAAUGCCAAGGAAUUAUUAUGCGAAGCUUUCGAUUUGAUUCGGUCGCGAGGGAAAAGCGCGUUUUUUGGGGACAAGAAACAGCAGCAGUGGUGUGAAUUGGGACAAGAAAAAAAUUAUUUUUUUUUAAAUAAUCUAAAGUUAAGAAGCGAUGAUGAAUAACCACCGGAAGUCGUCCGGAUGCAAUGGACCAAUUCAAAUGAGUGACGUUUCCGUUAUAGACAAUUGGAAGGACGCUGCGAACAACGGGUAUUUGAAAUCGGGCGCCGUCGAGGAGAGCGUCGGUCCACUCCUAGGGACCAGCGGCCCGGUUACCACCGUCGUCCAGGUUUCCGGUUCCGGUGCACGAACCAUGGUACUGCCGGGAAGGUCGAACUACGCGAAGCAGAAGUGUCUUCUGAUUGCCCUUCUCGCUUUAUCAUUGAUAACAGGCGUCGCACUUCUCAUGCUUAUUAACGUCAGCGACACUUGCAGCUCUACCGGUGUGAAGAACAGCAUGUGUCUAACCGAGGAAUGCGUUCGUACAGCGUCUUCACUUCUAUCCGCGAUGGAUCAUUCGGCGGAUCCUUGCGUCGACUUCUUUCAAUACGCUUGUGGUACUUGGAAUAAACAACACAUCAUUCCGGAAGAUAGGAGUUCCAUUAGCACGUUCGAAGUGAUGGCUGAUCAAUUGCAGAUCAUCCUUAGAGGUGUUUUGGAGGAAGAAAUCAAUGAGUUAGAUAACGAGGCCACCAUCAAAGCGAAGACUUUUUAUGGAACGUGUAUGGAUACUAUGCAGAUUCGGAUGGUGGGCGAUACGCCGUUACGUGCCGUUCUGGAUUCUCUUGGUGGUUGGCCUGUAGCUGUCGAAGGUUGGACACCACCGGACUUCUCAAUCGAGCAACUAUUGGGGCUGAUCCGAGGGACCUACAACGAAGGCAUCCUCGUGGAGCAGUGGGUCGGACCGGACGACCAAAAUAGCUCCGUUAACAUCAUCCAGUUGGAUCAGAUGCAGCUGGCUUUGCCUAGCAGAGAUUACUACCUGAAGGCGAGUAGCGAAGGAGACAUGGAAGCUUACCACAAGUACAUGACCAACAUCGCCCUUCUUUUAGGAGCCAACAAGACGACAGCUACUGAAGAACUUAGAGAAGUCAUCGAGUUCGAAAGACGACUUGCCAAUGCAUCUUUACCGGAAGCCGACAGACAUGAUACCAGUGUAAUUUACAAGAAGUUUACUUUGAAGAAGCUGCAAUCUCUGGUGCCUGAAUUCAACUGGGAGGUUUAUUUGAAGGUGUUCUUAGAUAUUAAGUUCACAGAUGAUGAGCCUGUUGUUGCAUACGGAUUAUCCUACUUCAUCGAAAUGGGGAGGUUGUUGAGGAUCACCGAUAGAAGGGUAAUCCACAACUACGUGAUGUGGAGAUUGAUAAUGGCUUUGGUGCCGCACAUGAUAGACGAUUAUCAAAGGGAACGUGUGGACUUCAGGAAAAUCCUUCUUGGUAUACAAAGUGAGAGGCAUAGGUGGUCCCAGUGCGUCGAGUGGACGAACAAAAAAUUGGGAAUGGCAGUUGGUGCGCUUUUCAUCCACGAAAACUUCAAUCACGAAAGCAAGGAGACGGCUUUGACGAUGAUCCAUACCAUCCGAGAAGCUUUCAAUGAGUUACUCGCAGAGAACCAUUGGAUGGAUGAUGAGACGAGGGCAGUUGCCAAAGAAAAGGCUGACGCUAUGAACGAGAGGAUAGGAUAUCCCCAGUUGAUCACCGACAAGGAAGAACUCAUCAAGGAAUACGCAACACUCAACAUAAGCAAUGACGGCUUCAUGUCCAAUAUUUUGAACGUCCUGAAAUUCGACGCAGAGCAGAAUCUCCAGAAGCUACGAUUACCGGUUGACAAAGACAAAUGGUCCACGGAACCUGCGGUAGUUAAUGCCUUCUACAAUCCCAACAAAAAUGAUAUUGUGUUUCCUGCCGGUAUUCUUCAGCCUCUCUUCUACAGCCAGCAUUUUCCAAAAUCCCUCAACUACGGCGGGAUCGGUGUGGUAAUUGGCCACGAAAUCACGCACGGAUUCGACGAUAAAGGUCGUCAAUUUGAUAAGGAAGGAAAUAUGAUGCAGUGGUGGAACAACGCUACGAUCAAGGCUUUCAGGGAGAGAGCCCAAUGCAUCAUAGACCAGUAUUCCAGGUACAAGAUCGAAGAGGUUGGUCUAUACGUCAAUGGCAGAAUGACCCAAGGAGAAAACAUCGCUGACAACGGUGGCUUAAAGCAGGCUUUCAGAGCUUACCGGAAAUGGGUAUCAGAACACGGUGAAGAACCGGAACUUCCGGGAUUGAACUUGACGCACAACCAGCUGUUCUUCCUCAAUUACGCACAGAUCUGGUGCGGAUCAAUGAGACCUGAAGAUGCUCUGACGAAGAUCCGCUCGAGCGUACACUCUCCGGGUCCUAUCCGUGUCCUGGGUCCUCUUUCCAACUCCCUGGACUUCGCGAAGGCCUUCCAGUGUCCUCUUGGAUCCCCGAUGAAUCCCACGAACAAAUGCAGCGUGUGGUAAAUAUCGAAGGAACGAUGAUGACCGCUCGUCGGAGAUGGAGUGGCUUAAUUAGAUUGAUGGAUCGUUAAAAAAAAUUAAAGUACAUGGAAGAGCAACAAGCGCAACACGAGCUUUGCCAGGGUUGAUUACCUGAUGGACGCAACAGGCUGACAAGAAUUUCCUCUUCAAAUCUAUCUCUUUUUUUUAAAUCUAAAACCUCGUCUAUUUAAUCGACUCGUCACAAACGCAGGUGGCGCAUUGUAAUCCUAGAUACAAGCAAACAUAUUAAUAAUUAUUAAUGUAUUUAAGACGUAAGUUUAUAAGAGUGUAUCUAAUUUUUAAGUGCAAUUCUCUUACUACUAGGAAUAAGUUUUUUUUUUUUUUAAACAAAUUAUUAUUUAUUUAUCUAAGGUUUUCAUACUCGUAAGUGAUUGUACAAUCGCUUAGUACUUACCACUAAUUAUUUAUGA